ACUCGUCCACUUUGAGAAAGCAAAGAUAGCAAAUUGUUAAAGCACUAAAAAACCCAACAUACUCAUAAACUAUCUUCAUUUCUUUCCCUCACGCUUGUCAUCAUCAUCUUUUAUCAACUCCUUUAAAAAUUCUUCAAUUGCAACAUUUCUCCACAACCUGUGAUCUGAGAAACAGUUUCUUGAAUACUAAUAAACAGCCAUUCUUCUCUAAAUGCGUCAAACUUAUCCAUCUUUUUUUUGCCAAUCUUUGAGCUGCAAAAGAGUUUCUUGAAUACUCAAAAACAGUUCUUUCUUCAAUGAAAUACUGUUUUUUGGGAAAAGGGUACUGAAAAUUUUCAACUUUUAACGCUUCUCAUCCUGAAUUUUGAUGAAUUUGCUUAAAUUCUUAAACUACUCCAUCUUUUUUCUCAACCUGUGAGCAAAAAGACAUUUUUUUUUGGGUUAAAAAAUGUCAACUUUUGAAGCUAAUAAUGCUGACAUAGAGAGAAAUGGGAGUAUCCGGAAUGGUAGUUCCCGCCGUCACCGCCGCCGUAGACGUCGCCGGCGGCCAUCAAUGGCGGCAAGCAGUGAGACAACAACUACUGAUGGGAGUCUCCACUUCACUGAUUCAGACUCUGACCAGUCUUGGCACUCACCUUUAGGCUCUAUGGCUGGUGAAAGUGAGGGUAUUUUGGUAAAUUGUGAGCCACAGAGAGACAACAAGCAAAAAAGAGGGUCAUUCUCAGAUGAGGAGAUUGAUUUGGAGAGUGGUGAAUUGGAGUUGUUGAAAUUGCAAAAUAAAGAAGAGAGGGAUUGUAGGAUUUGUCAUUUGAGUUUGUUGAAAAGUGGUGGCAUUAGUAGUAGUGGUGGAGAUCAAGUGCAAGAGCAUACUAUAGGGAUGGCUAUUGAAUUGGGAUGUUGUUGCAAAGGUGACUUAGGUGCUGCUCAUAAACAGUGUGCUGAGACUUGGUUCAAAACCAAAGGAAACACAAUUUGUGAAAUCUGUGGUGCCAAUGCACUGAACAUUGCUGGAGAGCAGACAAAUGAAGCCAAUAACGCUACAAUUGCCACUGUUGCAGCACCUGUAGGCCUUUCUGAAACCCGAGUCUUCUGGCAUGGACGCCGUGUCAUGAAUUUCCUACUUGCAUCCAUGGUUUUUGCCUUUGUCAUCUCAUGGCUUUUUCACUUCAAUAUAUUGCCCUAGAUGCAAUUGAAGAUCAUUGUCCUGGCAGCAAAUGUUUUUAAUUUGCUACUUUAACAACUCCACCGCGAUAAUUUGUGUUGUAGAGCCGGUAGAGGUAUGUGUAGACAGAGGAAUACUCAGAUAUUAUCUUGGUCGCACUAGUGUAUGAAAGGUCGUGUGGUAUCUGGUACAGUUGCGUGGAAGUAUCCGGUAUGGGUAUGUCAAGUUUUUUGCUAAUUUUUAGUACAUUUUGACGAAUCCACAUGAGAUAUCCACACCCUUAUCACACUCUCUGGACGCGGAUGUGUCAAGACAAAUGAAGGACUCGCAUAAUAUAGGUGUAUCAGAAAAAGUCUCUCCACCCCCUCGAGGUAGGGGUAAGGUCUGCAUACACACUACCCUCCCCAAACCCUACUAGUGGGAAUUCACUGGAUCGUUGUUAUUGCAUAAUAUAGGUGUAAUGGUAUAGGGCAUGCUGCAAACAUAUCGGUUUCAACCAUUAGCUUCUAAAUAUUGUUCGCCGUGAUGAUUGUUUUGCUAGAAUGUAAGAUAGUUUUGUUCGUCAAAACCUCUUGAUGAAUUUAAAGUUCUUCCCAGCUAGUGUACCUAUGUAAGUAUAUGUAUAGAAGUACGACGAUAAAGUAUUAGCAUUCUGUUGUAUAUCA